UUUUAGUAACUACUCAACUGCUUAUAUAGAAUAUUAAUUAUUACAUGGAAUCGAAUUCUGAGCAUUCCUGAUCAAUUCAUGCGAGCGCGAGACUUGCUUAUUUUCGUUUAUCUGCCGCUGCUGCUCUCAAGUACAGCCGGCUAUCGAUUGGCCAAGCAGAGACAUCGAGCACUACACAAGCGAAUGGCCAGGCCACAUCAUUUGCUCGAGGACUUUGCCCCCAUUAGCUUCGCGGCGGGAGGAGAUGCGCGUCUCGCUGGUGAGGAAAGCUCCUCUGGCAGUGAACCUGCUGGCAUUGCCAAGCAGUGCGAUACGGGGGCGGGGUGCAAUGUCAAAGAGAUCUUCAAGCCCGGCGAUCCCAAGGAAAAGUCCUCCGCCAUAGCCAUUCAGGCGGCGCAGGACGCAAAGGCGGCCAACGAGGCGCAGGGGGCAGCAGGAUUGGCCGCGGCCCAGCACAUCAAGCUGGAGUUGGCCGAGAAGGCGUUCCAAUCGGCCAAGGCAGCGGAGGCGGCUCUAAUGGGAAAGCAGAUGAUGGUCGAUCAGCUGGAGCAGGAGGUGAACGAGGCCGGCGCCGUGAUCGAGCAGGAGAACACCGCACUGCAGGGCUCGGAGAUGAAUAUGAAGGCGGCCAUGGAUGCGUCCCGUUUGGCCACCCAGCAGUACCAGGCUUUCAGCGAGUUGCACAAAACCUUCGAGCAGAACCUGCAGAACAUCCAGGCUGUGGCCAUAGGAGUCCAGCAGGAGAUGGCUUCCAAGACGCAGCUGCUGGAGGCAGCUCAAAACCGGAUUACACUGCUCCGGAAGCAGCUGCAGGUCGCCCACGAAGACUACGAGAAGACCAAACAGGCUGCUUAUAAGGCUGCCUGUGCCGCCGUUGAGGCCAGGCAGAAGGCAUCCAAUACCGGCGAUUCGACUGUACGCAAAAGUCGUCAACACCACCCCUUGGGAAGCAAUAAUGGAGUCGAGGAGGAAGCGAACGCUUGGUAGCCACAGCCACCCAAACCCCAAACCCCAAACCCUAAACCUCAAUCGUACACACAUAUAUUUUAUAGAUGAUCUUUCGCACUUUCCUGCGACAAUAUUAAAUGAAAAACCCCCUUAAAAACUUAGCACUCGGAGCUCGGAGGGGAAUGUGUUUUGGGGUGGCAGCUUUUCCUUCAAAUUCUUUGGAAAUCAAUCACGAACACUAGCCUAACCAUCACGAACAGCACAUGGAUAAUUUCCCUUGAAGAAAACGCAUAUUCGAGUAUGGAGAAUUUCCGCGAAAUGUUCAGGUUUAGCAUGUGGCAUGUGGCCAGGGGUACCAAAUCGAUUUGUGGUGUGGGGAAUCUCAGUUAUAUCAGUUUUAGGAAUUACUAUAAAGGGCCCCAUCAAUCGGGGUGCCAGCCAUCAUAUGCUUUUUACUCGUUGCAUCAGCAGUUGCAGAAUCGAAAUUUAAAUUAAAAAUGAAUUAUACACGCACCCUAAUUCGAAUUCUAAUUGGGCUCAUGCUCACCAUGUCCCCGGUCGAUGCUCUGGUGCACUAUGUCAAAUUAGAACCUGGCGCAGAAGAAGGCUGCAACAAUGAGGGAACUGAUAUAAAAAUAGACCAAACGAUGAAGGACCCAAAGACGUGCGGCGUUUUUGUAUGUCAAAACAAUAAAGGCGACGCCCUCAUCCAAUAGCAACUGUCAAAUUCCAGCCACUUUCGCAUCAUGUGAUGGAGGCGGCGUUAAGACUGAUGCGGAUUGGCCCGAUUGUUGUUGGCUUUGCGUUACGGAGGUGAACUGUGCCAAAAAUGAGCAAGCUACGACGGAGGCGCCACUUUAGCGCUAGCUAUUGAUUCAAUUUGUAUUUCGAUUAUUUAUUUGCCCAUUUAAAAUCAUUAAUUUAAUCAUGGCCGAAUAAAUCAAACUGAGACUUGCAACGGGUCUCAUCU